UAAUAAAUUUCAUGUGAGGAGACAGGAAAAAGAAAAUGGGAAAGGAUGAUGGCAGUUAUAAUAUAGUUCUUCUCCCUGGGAUUCAGAGAGAAACAAAAGAGAGGAAUGCACAGUGCCAUGGCUAGUUUUCACAGCAAAACUGCCCCAGUAUUUCAAAAACACUACACAGAACCUUCAUGUAGAUACACAGGAAUCAACAAUGGUGGAAUUGGAAUCAAAGGUUGUGGCAAAAGUUGGAGAAUCAACAUAGGGAAAACAAGGCUUUUCAAGGGAGGAAGAGGGUCUGUGGUGCAAUGCUGCAGCUCUUCUUCAACCCCAUCAGCUGAGGAUCAAAGGGUAUUGAGGCUGGUUGGGAAGGUUGGGUUACGCGAAAAACCGGAGUAUGGUAAGGACCAGUUUGGCUGUUUGGUGAAUGAGUAUGGCUGGAAGGUGAGGAGAUUGGUUGAGGAGGAUGGUGAGAUGAGAAAGGUAGCUCAGGUUCAAGCCCAAGCUUUUCAUGUGCCUGUGGCCCUCUUCAAUGAUCUAUUCUUCGAGUUCUUUCAGGCUGAAGUGCUUUCUGGGCUUGUUUACAAACUUAGGAACUCACCUCCAGACAGGUAUGCAUGCCUGGUUGCUGAGCCUGCUGCUGAGACACAGCAGGAGGUUGUGGGGGUGGUGGAUGUCACAGCUUUGAGAGAUGAAGCUGUACUUCAGCAUCUUGGAGGAGCUGAAGAAUAUCUUUAUGUGUCUGGGAUAGCGGUUUUGAACGAUUUCAGGAGGCAAAAGGUAGCCACAGCUUUGCUGAAAGCUUGUGACAUGCUCUCUAUUCUAUGGGGCUUUGAGUACCUGGUCUUGAGAGCUUAUGAAGAUGAUUUGGGUGCUCGAAAACUGUACUCAAAUUCAGGCUAUUCAGUUGUCUCAGGAGAUCCGCCAUGGACAAGUACUUGGUUGGGGAAAAAACGCCGAGUUGUAAUGGUCAAACGCUCUAACCUUCGUGAGUAAUCCUGCUUGAUCUUCAGAAUUACCGAUUCUCUUGAACUGAGGGUCUAAUCACAUUAGCUUCUCCUUUUGGUUGUAUUUUUGCAAUUGAGUGGCACUGAGGCCUUGACCGGAUGCAUUAAAACCCGAAAAAGGAAAACUAAUCGAAGGAGAAACAGAGAUAUAGAGAGCUAGAAUGCAUUUACCAUGUUUCAAAUCCAUGAAAGAUGAAUAUCAGGAGGUGUCAUGGAGCAUCACAGUCAAACUACAGGCCUGCUUUUCAGUUGUUAAUUAUAUAACUACACUUCUGUACCUUGAUCUGUUUUACAACAUUGAAAGUGUAAAUAAUAUGAAUUCAUGUUCUCUA